UUCAUAUCAUGUCCCGCAACGACGAGGACGAUGUUGAUAUGGACGCUCGACCAAACCGCAACAACGAUCGAUCACACGACCCACCGCGUCAAGCCCCAUACCCUAGUUACGGCUUCAUCCCUACCACGAUGGGGGACCAAGCCAGGAGAGGGGCAGACGACGAGACCGAGGUAGAACGAGCGAUAUCGGUCGAGAAAGGCAAGGGGAGGGUGGACAGUAACGCCCUCACUUGGUACUUGCCAGAUCGGCUGCGAGGACAGUCACUUCAGUCUGUCAUCGAACGCCUGCAGAAGAACGCCCAUCUCUUUUGGCGCAACGAGGCGAAUGCAAACAUGGUCCUAGUGAUCCCCUCCCCUGGCUCGGGCAAACGACAACCAUCGCAACCCAUCCCUCGGGCGUCAAACAACCGUCGCCCCAGCCCGCCGCGAGAGCCCUACCGUCAAUUCCCCCCCGACCCGCGCAUGUCCCCCUACUGGGGCCCACCAGCACCGUACGGAUACCCAUACUGGCCUCCUCAGCCGAUGUACCCCUAUGGCCCCCCUAUGCGGGAAUACGACUACCCCCCACGAGAACACCACCGGCCUCCAAUGCACCGAAGAGACCGCCGGUCGCCCUCUCCAGACUCGGCACGAUACUCCCCGUCGGAGCCGACCUUCCCCCAAAAAAAGGAGCUGCGCAGGAAACGCCCAUCGCAGGAAGACUCGCCCGAGCCUGCACCCGCUUCCCCCGAAAGAGAAAGAGACAGAGAGAGGAGCGACAGUGUUCCCCCUGCGUUCCCCUCACUUUCUUCCGGCGGGUCGCCCACCAAGUCCCGGGAAUCCCCCUACGCGCUCAAGCCCGACUUCACGCCCUACCCGCCCUCCCCCUACCCAGGCGACUACUGGGCGCCGUACCCUCCCCCCGGUCCCUCCGGCUCUCGCCGCCCCAGUACACCCUCCGACCGCCCGCGCCGAGCCGACGACGACAAAGUGGAAGACGAGUCUAUCACCUACCACGUGCACAAAGAGUACCUCCUCACCCAAUGCGCGCUUAUCCGAUACCUCUACAGCUCGCUAGACAAAACCGGUCCUCCGACAAAAGACCUCCCCAACCCUACCGCGGCCUACCGUUUCCUGCCCCGCCCUGCGGACCCGUUCCAGCUCUCCCUGUCCAACGCGGCAAACCCCAGGAUACACAUCGACCUCCCCGACCCGGACUCAUUUCCCCAAAUCCUGGAAUGGAUGUACUUUGGCCCUGCAGCGCUGCCCCAUCUGGAGGAGGCGAUGCGCGAGGGCCGAGUGACCUGGGGCGGGCUGGUGAGGAACGCGGAAUGGCUGGGGAUUAACGAGGAGUUCAAGAAUUGGUUGGGCAGACACUGGAAGUUGAGCAUGGAAGAAGGGAAAUUGGAGAGAGAUAUCGGGAAUAAGGUCAUUCCUGCUGCUGCCGCUGCCGCAGCGGGGGCGGGGGCGCCGUCAGGGAUGAGCACGCGGUCGGCGUCGGCGAGGGCGAGGGCGAAGAGGGAGGAGUAGGAUGCUUGCGUGCUCUUGGUUGCUCUAUUAUUGCUGCCCCUGGGUCCGUUCUUUUGGCAGCGGGAUGCGACCCUAUCGACCCUACCCUACCCAACUCAGGUAUAUCACCACCCCUAGCGCAACCCUCCCGAUCGAAGCAUCCAACCACCAGCGCAACCCCCUACCAACCAAAAAUGCCACGAACCAAAACUCCGCACUUUUUCGCUUCCGC